CCUGCAGAUAGACAUGGACGGUUUAAGUCGGUGAUCAUACGUAACAAGGAUGAAAAUAUGAAAUACGAUACAUAUGUAAAGCACACGUUCUAUUGAAUAAUGUGGACGCUGGGUUGUUAUGGAUAACAGUGAUUUAUUAUAAUUGGGUUUAUUUUGCCAAAUAUUGUGAUUAUUUAAUGAACAAUACUUCUCUGGAUAUAUUGAUCUGUUCAAUGUAGGAAUUAUAGUUCUACUUCCUUAUAUUUUGGUAGCAUUGGCCAUUCAUCCAACAAAAACACUGACUUUGUAUGGCAGAUUGACUGAUCUCUAAGAUGUACACAGUGGAACACACGGAGUCCGAGACGGUUAGGUCAACCGUGUCCACGGCAUCGUCUGGGUUUGCCAUUGUAUCUGCACCUGUGAAAUCCAGGAAACCGGUGAUUUAUAGUCGAGAGGUCAAAGAAGAGGUGUAUGAGCCGCCUCCAGAUUAUGACGAGUCGCCUACUCAUAGCUCCGCUGCCUACGUAGAUAGGCAACAGUUUGAAAAGCAGGUGGUGCGUACUCCCCUCCUGUCCUCGACAAAUACACAUAAGGGGCUCGAUGGAAGCAACCAACAAGUUGAUACAUGCGAAUGUCAACGGCCUUUGCUGAACCAAUCAGUGUCCGAGGUUUCAUCUGCAGUGAGUCGAACAAAUCGAACUUCAAUCCGUGUUUCGACCGAGGGCCACGAUCUAAACAUUGAGAUUUCCAGUCCCAGCAUGUCUCCGAGAUCCGCAAGCAGCGAUCAACAUUUUUUCAACACGAGUAAUAAUAGUAAAGAUGAGAGCCGCUGUUGCAAGAGACCUAUGAUUUGCGGCAUAGUGAUUGGCAUGUCGAUAACAUUAGUACUCCUGGGUAUCGCGUUGUUGGUGGUCAGCCAGACGGUAUGUGUGGGACCAUUUACACGAGCCUGCAAGUGACACGGUCUUCUCUAUUUAGGCCACAUAUCACAGAUACUUAGACCCUGCAGGAUUCUUAUGAGAUUACGACUUAGAAAAGUGGAUUCUUAAAUGUUACAGAAUUUCUUCGAGACAGUGUCUUAAAUCCGACAAAAAUAUAUAUGUCAAACAUUUGAACUAUAGUUUAAACGACCAAUUACCCCACCCCGAAACCCACCUGAGCUGCGCCCAAGUAUCAAUUCUACAAAUAAAUUGAAAUUUAAGAUUUACAUCUUAGAGUCUUCAGUGUGGAUGUUGGCGAAUAUGGGCUUUGUGAAAUGCAGAAAUGGUUUGGUUGUACACGUGUGUAAUCAUCCGUUUGAGGCUAUGUGUUCUGAAACCUUCCGUGUGGUCCUGAUAGUGGUGGAGUAAAUCCUGAAUUACAAACGACAUGUAUACAUGAACUUGUACAAUGUGGGAAAGUGACUUCUUUAUGUUCGUCCAUAUAUUAACUUCCUUAUCAGAAGAAGAAGAAGACGAAACUUACCCAAUCGACUGGAUACUAUUUACGGAAAGGAAGUUGAGGUGUAAAUAUACAAAGAUAUUCACUUAUACCGCACGCUCUUCGUUACAGGUUGGCUUUGACUGCGGUAUAAAACAUUACCUCCUCUCCUCGUGUAUGAUUUCAUUAACUCGGUUUGAGAGUGCCGCAACUAUCACGUACACUAUGUAUGUGUACUUUAUAGUAUUCCUCGGGUAGUGAGUUCAGGGUUUGAAAUACUUUUGUAUUCAUAACAUCGUACAUGUAUAAUUAUAAAUAAAAUAUUUACAGCAGGUCUUGCUUCAAAAAUCAUCAUUAUAAGGGAAAUAAAUACGUCAACAUUAUUUCUCAUUCAUGGCCGCGAUUAUCUUUUGGAAACUUAUUUUCGCUUACAUGCCUUAUUUUUAGAGCUGUUCAUUUAAUAAGUUUAAUAUCAAUGGUGUGCGCUUUAUUCAUGUUUGUGAAAUUCCGUUUUACGAAACAAUUGUGUGUCUGAUUUUAUUUGCCUUUUACUUGUUAUGUUGGAAACUGAGAGAAGUGCCUCCCGUAAAUUUGUAUAUUAGGAUAGAACAAAAUAUUUUUGUUGAAAUCAUGGCUCUGGUCAUGACUGCUCCAUCUAAUAGACCCUCUUUUUGUCUUGAUGAGUCUCACUCUUUGGUACCCAUAGAUUUAAGUUACAUUGACACAAUAUACAUCUGUACCUUAAAAGAUUCGCGGUUCCUCGGUAUUAAGCCGUUUAACAAAAUUACUCACUGUUAUACUAAAUUACCGACCUAAAUAUCCGUAAGGCAUUGUUCGGGGACGUCACUGGUAUAAGUUAAUCAAACUUGGUAUUGAUAGAAAGUUUUUGUCCCUGUUGAGGUCAAGGUGAAAUGUGCAUAAAACACUUCGGGUCUUUGUCAGAUUUCUUUGACAGUAACAUUGGCUUGUUUCACGGGGAAAUAACCUCCCCGAUUUGCUUCUCUCUCUUUCUUUAUGGUAUCGAACUUCAUUUACAAUUGAUAAAAUCUAAGUAUAUAUGUAUUGUUGUUUAAUAUUACGCAGCUUUUUGUCGCAGACGAGGGUGGGAUUACAAGCAUAACACAAAAUAAUUUUAAUUUAAAUAGCAGUUUACGGUCAAUUUGGAAAAACUACGAUAAUUGUGUUUAAGAAAACGUUGGCGUAUAAGUUAAUAAUGAUAAGUAGACUUUUAUUGAUCAAGCUGUUGGCCUUGUCAAUUCGUUUAACUACCUUGGUGAUGUAUUGUCCAGUGGUGGAUCUUUCAUGCAUGCGACUAGCACACUGGUGGACAAGGCAUUGCACUUAAGGCCUUGUUCAAGUAUAAACAGGUCCCUUUCAAUUUUACUGUUGAUCAAGAUGAUGCAUUUGUUUUGUCUCUACUCAGAUGGGGCUAUAUAGAGACGGGUGUGAUAGAAAGGGUGCAUAGAAAAGUUUGCGUGUGGGAUCUAAGCGUCAAGCGCUCUACAAAUUACGUGUCGCUUUAUGGAGAGCUAGGCAGAAUAUCAUUAUAUAUUAAGCGACACAUUUGUUUUAUCAAGUAUUUUCUCAAGUUAUACAAUGAGAAACGCUAUAUUAUUGCGGAGCGAUACCGGGAACAAAACGAUAACGCACAAAGUCUUAACUGGGCCGCUUAAGUAAAAAUAUCCUUCAGUCAUCCGGGUUUGCGGACGUAUGGCUAUUUCCAGAGUCUGUUUAUAUUCGUUUAUUUGUCCCCAUGUUCAGAGAUAGAUAACGAGAUGUGUGUGUAGGUUGGCGUGCCACCAUUGAGAUACAUUCAUCUUUAUAUUUUUAUAAGGAAAUUAAGGAAACGUCCAAAUUCUCAAUUUACAUUGUUUUUUUCCUGGAUAAUUCCAAUUAUAGAAAUAUUUUAGCUUAAUGGACAAGAUAGGAAAUGUACAUUGAUUUAUUCAAACGAAAUUGAUGAUCAAUUUUACAUUGUUUUACUUAAUUAUGAUAUAAAUAAACCUCUGUUAAUCAGAUAAGCUAUCUCCUAUAUCAAAGCUUUCAAAUAAGAGACUUGAAUAUAUAAAAUCACCGCUAAAGACAUCCUCAAAGACAACACUGUUAAAAUUAGCUUUAGAUUUUCCCGAUAUUGUAUAACAUGUUUGUAAAUAAUACAUUGCAAAACUAUUCAUUUUGGUCUUUCAUGCAUGCAAUACUCAUAUUUGUUGUUGUGAUUAUAACCAUAAUCUUUACAUGCUUACGUUAAAUAAACGUUCUGUUAUGUUC